UUUUAUUUUUAUUUUUACUUUUUUUCCUGAAAGGUCUCCAUAUUGUAUUCAGAUUGAAGGUUGAGUUUCAGAGAUUUUUUAUAUGGAGCUUGCAAAUAUGAUUACCUCCCCUGCAUUUGGCAUUACGACUGGGUAUGGAGGAUAGAUUGAUAGCGGCGACUACUCUACUGCAUGGGUCGAAGUGAUGAAGAUAAAUAAUAAAAAAAAAUCAGCUACUCAUCUGACUCUUCAGCCGAUCUCUUGGGGGGCAUCUCGCCGCCGAACCACCCACCAUAGCUCCCCACCCAAGCUCCCUGGACCGGGGUGGCCCUGGUGGUGGCCCUGGUGACCCUCCCAGUGCUACCAGUGCCCCAGACUACUGCGUAAGUCCCAGUGCCCUAAUGCUCCCCCCCCAAACCAGGGCCCCAACACCCAACGCCCAACGCACACCCCCCCCCCAGCCAAGAGCCUAAAAGGGUAGCCAGAACCGCUGGGACCAGGCCCACGACUGCUGUAGUCUGCAGCCGCCGUAGCGACCGUUAGUGGCGGCCUUCUGGUGGUUGCUGUCCAGUGUUCACCGCCUUGCCAGAGCCUAGACCCGGGUCCAGCCCAACCGUUGCCCGCGCGUCUUCCCCUUGGAAGUUCUGAUCUGCCGACGACGCCUGGCAGAAAAAGGGGGAAAAAAAAGUCACGAUAGUUGGAGUUGAGCCGUCAUCUGACCCCCAGUGGCCAGCGAUCAGUCGCGGUUUUAUUGCCAGAGAGAGCUUCCAAUUAAUUGCCUGGUGUGUUGGCUCAAAAUAAAUUCAGAUUUUUCUUCUUCCCUCCCCUUCUUCCCCUUCCCUUACCUUUUCAAGCAAUGUUGGCCGCGGCGAGAAUCCUUCACAUCCAUCUUGAUAUUAGAUAAAAAAAAAUUUGUUCGAUUUUUGUUCUUUCGAUCGAACAACGCUCGUUUUCCUGGCUUUGAUCCAAUCUUUUCUUUUCUUUUAUUUUAUUUUUUUCCCCAUCUUUUUGAAAUUCCGCUUUUUGCCAGCUGGUCGGUUUUAUCACUGCAAAAAUUUAUCUGUCCAUCCCUGAUACGGCUCUAUAUUCCCUCUAUUAUCAAACUGAAUUGUCUGAUCGUGUUGCGUGAUACCGUACCUGAGACGUUAAAUUAAACCACUACACAGAAUUUGAUCUGAUACGAUACCUAACCCCUUUGGAAAGGAAAAAAAAAAAAAAAAAAAAAAGUCCACACCAGAAGCAGUACACAAGCAAAAGCUACUAUGUUCAAACCAUCAAUUGCCCGCCAGGCACUCCGGGCUGCCAGCCAUGGCUACAAGGGGCCACCAGCAGCUAUCCGCUCCACCUCUUCUAGGCCGGCUCUCACCACCACACAGGCCCGCUGCAUCUCCACAACCCCUGCUCUAAGAGAAAGCAAAAGGGAUGACAAGGACGAGGACCCUUUCAAGAAAUCCAGCACCGCUGCUUCCAAGGAAGAGACGGCAGAGCACGAGGGUCGCUAUGCUCGGACCGAUGAGAGCGUUCGUGUCGAGUAUCCCGAGGACCACGAGAUGCCUCGCAGCCCUAUCGUUCAGGGUCGCGGUGGUAUGCACUUCAAGCGGACGCUGGCGUCCUUUUCGUUGGAAGGUCGUGUCUCGGUCGUUACUGGGGGUGCUCGGGGAUUGGGGCUGGUUAUGGGGCAGGCGCUCGUGGCGUCGGGCUCUGAUCUUGCCAUUGUGGACUUGAACAAGGACGAAGCUGAGGAGCAGGUGAAGAAGCUGGUGGCGCAGUAUCGGGAAGAAAACCCAGGCAUUGAAAUCAUGCCCAAAAUAACCGCCCAUUACGCCGACGUCGCCAACCCCGACUCCGUCAACGAGUGCCUCACAAACAUCCUUGCCUCCCACAGCCGCAUCGACAACCUCGUCACCUCCGCCGGCUUCACUGAAAACUUCGACGCCAUCUCCUACCCGUACGACCGCAUGCAGAAGCUCUGGGGCGUCAACGUGGACGGCUCCUACCUGUUCGCCGUCGGCGUCGCCAAGCACCUGCUGGAGCGCAAGGCGCCGGGCUCCAUCGUCAUGGUCGGCAGCAUGUCCGGGUCCAUUGUUAACGUGCCGCAGCCGCAGGCGCCGUAUAAUGCUGCCAAGGCCGCGAUUAGACACCUCGCCGCGUCGCUGGCGGUGGAGUGGGCGCCGGCGCAUAUUCGGGUUAACUGUAUUAGUCCCGGGUAUAUGUUGACUGCGCUAACACGCAAAAUCCUCGACGACAACCCGGAGCUCAACCGCCAAUGGACCUCGCUCAUCCCACAGGGUAAAAUGGGCGUGCCCGAGGAUCUCAUGGGCGCCGUGACGUUCCUCCUCAGCGACGCGAGCAAGUAUGUCACCGGUGCCGAUCUCAGAGUCGAUGGUGGAUAUACCCUGACGUAGACAAGGAGAAGGAAAUUAAUUUUUGGGACUUUCUUCUUCAUCAGCCAAACCCUUCGUGUAUUUUUCUUUCUCUUCCCACUUGCUUGCCCCUAUAGUUUUAUCUUCGCGUGGGGAACAUCGAUGUCAAUUAUUUAAUAUUGUUGUGUGUUGUUUUCUUUGCACGCGUAUGUUCAUUGGCUUGCUUGUUUUCGCCUGCUCCGAGUUUCCCUAGACCAUUUGCUCCAUUUUAUCUUUUUUAUCUUUUUAUCUUUUUUUAUUGUCCUCUCCAUGAACUUUUUCUCGGCGGGUAUUUGUUUAACUAUUUUACUAUUUCUAUAUAUUAUUAGUACUUUCUCAUUGAUCUAUCACCACCGUUGCUUUAUUCAUUAUGUAUUAUAGCUGCAUGUUUGUUCUCCUUGUUAACAUUGCUAACAUUCCCAUCCGCGCUCUCUCUUCUCUUCUCUCUCUCUCUCUCUCUCUCUCCCCCACACCUAUAUGUUGCCGCGUGUUUUCAACCCCAUCGAUCCGAAGUCAUAUAGCAGCAGGCCACGCGCGACAAGGCAGUGGAGCGGGUAUACAUACACACAUAUAUAUAUAUCACACCUAUUCCUAUGAAUCUGAAAACUGGAUAAUAAUAAAAGUCCUCAUUCUCCACCACCC